CCCUCCAUCUUGAACAGCCACAUCAUCAACCUGGAGUACAGGCUGAAGGUCCAACUGAAUAUCAAAUGUUCUAUUGAUCCAAAGCUCAAACUUCCUAUAGUUAUCAUGCCUGCGGUGGUGAAACAACCACACCCUUCUGCUGGCAUUGGAUUUGACACUUUUAGGAACCCAGAAAAAACAUCCUGGGGAACUACACCCCAGCAAACACCACCCCAGCAAACACCACCCCAACUUGCAGAUCUUCCACCUCACUACGGAGCACAUGCGAUGUACCCCACUACCACUCUUGAUGAUUAUAAGACUGCACUUUGAAAAUCUCCCUUGAGAGAGAACAUUUAAGCCUUAAACACAGACUUGACACAAAUGAUUGAAUACAUUCAGAAAAGCAGACUGGUGUGCUGUUAAAGCUACCAAGCACCUAUUGUUUGUUCCUUCAUACCCCAAACUGUGAAGAUGACAUCAAUUGAGGCAAUAAAUCAGAAAAUGCUGGUUUUCAUAUUAGCAGUUGUUAUCUUCUAACUCCUAACAGAUUUUAAUUUACUUUCCUAUUUAAACUGUAAGAUUGUAUACAUUUAAUAUCUGUGUAAAUAAUAUAUUUACAAGAGUUUGUCAGAUUCGUAUUGUUGAUUGUCAUUUAUGCUUAGAAAUAUCUACUCAUAUAUGCUUAGAGUUUUAUAAUCAAUGUCAUGUUGGUAGAGGUUUGAUCCUUAGUAGUCUGUGGAGACUCUGUGUGCCUCCCAGAGCACUCUGUAGCACAAAGAACUUUGCCUACUUGUGUCUUGCUUUUGCUGUGUAGUAAAUUGUCUUGAACGUUCCAGCGAAUAGGUUUAAGCUGUGUUACUAUAUUUUUCUAAUAAAACAUCAUAUUUGAAAUGCAAAACUAACAUCUUGUGUUUGUGGCUGGUGAUUCCAGUUUAAUGUGAACCCUUAUAUUCUACUCAUCAUAUGACACAUCCUAAUGUAAUGCUUCUUCUAAAACCUUAGAGUCCAUUUGGGCAAUUUGGACACGACAACCAUUAACUGAUGUAUAAAAGUAUGUGCUCCAAGGUUCACGUUGGGGCCUAUGGGGUCAGGAGUAAAUUUGAUAUAGUCACUGUCUUUGGCAAAUAAAUUCAAUUUAACACCAUUUACCAUUUACUGU